CCAUUCGCUCAGCCUGUUGCAGCGAGCAGCUUGCUACUCGUGAGGACGUUGUGUCCUCUCUUCUGGACUUGAGCAUGCUCCAGGCUCGUCAGGAGCGACUCAUCCUCCAUGUCGCUGCACUGCGUCGCCUUCUCGCCAUCCUCUCUGACCCUGAUCGCACCCUCCCGAUCAUCCCAGUACGACUCGGGACCUCCACGAGGGUGUACUCAGCGUUGUGGGAUUCCGGUUCUCAGGGCGACUUCAUUCACCCACGCGUGGUGAAGGAAGCCCGCUUACCCACGACAGGGUCUCCGACUCCCAUCUCCGUUACCCUAGGGGAUGACAAGACCCAGCGCUUCUUCGAUCAAACGGUCACCGACCUCCCAUUCUUCCUCACUCUCGAGCCGACUGAUCGUUCCCCGACGUCUCGUCGCCACUGCUCCUCUGCACAUUUCGGUGUGAUGGAGACGGGGUAUGACUUCAUUCUCGGCUCUCCGUGGUUUCGUCGGUUCCGCAGCACCGAGGCCGAUUGGGCGACCAACACUCUCGUUCUCAAAACGAAGUGUGGACAGACGUAUCGCGUACCUUUCAUAGGUACCACGACGACACCACGCCCCGAUCCUUCUCCCCCGGAGCCUUCAGUGCCCACACCAUCUCCCUCUAUCACUGUCACCUCGCCUCGGCAGUUCGCUCACUUCAUUCGACAAGACGACGCCACCUUCUUUAUGGUGGACGUGACGGAUCUCUUACACUAUGAUCCACCCUGUCCCGACUCCGAGCUUAUCCCUCUGGAGCCAGAUCCUCCCUCUAUCUCCAUGGCUCCCAUCUCUACUUCCGUCCCUCCGCCGUCCGUCGAGUCCACCCCGUCGUCGCGCGCUGACGCUGACGCUGAGGAACUCGCACGAUAUACGGCUGACUUGGAGCCCGCAGUUCAUGACCUCAUCCAAGAGUACCACGACGUUUUCCAUCGUCGUUCUCGUACGUCGGCAUCCCACCGAUGCGUGACGUCGAGCACUCCAUUCAGCUUGUGCCUGACUAUCGUGUUCACCACCAGACACCCUACAAACUCUCGAUCCCCGAGGCCACCGAACUCAAGCGUCAGCUUUUGGAGCUCCUGAGACUGGGUUUCAUUCAACCCAGCAACUCCCCGUGGGGUGCAACCGUCCUCUUUGCUCGCGAAGCGGACGAAA